UGCGUUCCCCGUGACUGUGACUGCGUCGAGGUUGAAAACAACACGAUUUUAGUGCUUGCAGCAUGCACUGACUGCAUUGACUCUGUUGUCGACUCGAAGCCGAGAAUUUGAAAGAACUGUUUCUCAGUGGUGUAGCGGAAGAACGUAGAUCUACUGAGUCUGUUACGGAUAGAUCCAGUGUUGUGUGUUUGUUAGCUGAAAGGAAUAUCCAACACGUUUGGAGAUGGCGUUUCUUGCGUUUGGCUCGUCCGCCUCUGCGCUCCAGCUGUUGUCGGUGAUUUUUGUUGCGAUGCUGAUAGUUUUCAUUCCCAACGCCCGUGCAGCCAGCAUCCCUGUCGUCGCGCACGGAAACGAUACCUGUAUGACAAGAUGGCUGACUGCCGCUAUGGUAGGCAGUGGUGCAUCGAGUGCAGACAUUCAGCGAUUCGAGAAACUGAUGAAGAAGUUCCAACCGGCUGUUGACGAGGACACUGUCCACGAAACUGCCCCGGAACUCCUGGGAUUAGUUCUCGGUGGAAAUGAGCAGGCUGUGAACCUCCUCUAUCGAUGCAUGGGUAACCAUGACGAUGCAGAGUGUCUGCGACAAUCACCAUGCCAGCAUCUUGGUCGGUGUGUGUACAGUAGGGAACCUGGUUCAUCAGGAUCACCGUACCCAGGGUACAGAUGUGUGUGCUCUAGGGGUGUCAGCGGACGGUUUUGUCAGCAUGCGUUACCUAGCUGUUCAUCAUCUCCGUGUAAGAAUGGUGGUACUUGUCAGGAGACAAGUGAAGGAUACACAUGCCAAUGUCCCACACUCUACACAGGACGACAUUGUCAAAGACAUUGGUGGUCCAAAUACAUCCUUGCAAACAUGACGUCAUCGUUAUCCAAACUUACCACCAUUACGAACGGCCUGCUGAAGAGCACAGCAGAUGCUGUGAGGGAGUCGUCCGACUCAGUCACUGCUUUUCUCUCCCGUCUCCAAGUCACCGUCAAUCGAAACCUCGAUCAGAGAUUGGAAGCAAUGCAGCGAAAGUUGCAAAACCAUACCACAUUUGUCCAGGAGUCGGAAAUGAAGAUGGCCAAGAUGCAGGCAGCCUUGGACCGUAUAGACACAAACCAACAGUAUCUGGGCACAGGCUGUAAUCUUCGAACUCUUGGAUACAAGUAUCAGAGUCGCCACAGUAUCAACUAUAGUCCGGAUAAAGGACAGAUUACAUCAGUGACGUUCAGAAAGAAGCAUGCUAACACUGUACUGAAGUUAUCCUAUUCUGGUACUGUACGUACAUAUGGAGCACAUACAGGUGCACGUUGGUACUUGAAGAUCGACAACAGGGAGUGUGCCAGACCUACCAAGAUUGAUAUAGCCAUGUACCAGGAAAGUGGCGACAACACCCAUGUCCCGGCCGUACUAACUGGUAUCUGUGAGUCGACGUACAGCAGUGGAGCUAACAUUGCAGCUGGAGAUCACACCAUCAAAGUACAUGUUGGAAGUGUUCCGGGCUAUGCCGCCGGUAAUGCAAAUACAGGCUGGGCUAGCACCUCGAUUCUUGAGAUUCAAGAAAUGUGUCCACAGUUUUAGCAUCUGAAUUGGUUAUAACAGUGUACGUUGAUAUUAGAAGAUGGACAACAAAGAACCGGCCAGACCCUCUAAGAAUGAUAGAACUGUAGGAAAGAGUACUGCCCACACCAACCAUGCACUGUACUAUAUUCACUGACCAGUAUCUGUGAGUGGACUACCAGUAAUGGAGUUAACAUUGACAGCUGGAGAUCACAUGAUUACCGUGCAUGUUAGAAGAAUUGCGAGACUAUAGCAAUGGUAGUUCAUACACAUGUUAGUCCAUAUUCUCUUUUCUUAAGUUUCGGUGUCCACAAUUUCAGUAUUUCACGAAUAUUAUAGCUUUUAAGAAGUUUCUUGAAGACAAGGAACUGAUUGUUUUGAAACACAGUGUAACUGAAUAGAUUCGAUGUAUAAUGAAUUCCACCUUGUUUUCUGCUCACACAGCGGCAGCUACAUAUUCUUCACUGUUCGAAUAUGGUGAUGGUGGUGGUGCGUGGGUGUGCAUGUGCAUGUGUGUGUGUGUGUGUGUGUCUUUGUCUUUGUCUGUGUGAGUGCGCAGCUGUGCUUUUGGUUUUUCAUUUCCGCCGACCAAUUAUCCAGCAUUGUUUUCUAUCCUUCGUCUUGAUUGUUUCGGAGUGUGAAAAUUUAAUUGCCAGGUCCUGCAUGAUGCAGUGCCGCUUUCUCCACCCACAUCAUUAUACAAGGUCAUGUACUGCAGAGUUUUUGCUGUUCUGAAUUCUGUUUUGAACUUUAGUACCUCCUUUAUACGGUUUCCAUGACUCCCUGGUCGUCACUAACAUAUCUGUCUCUCAAGUACAUGUACAUGUAGCAAGAGUACAUAACCUCUUGACUCUUGA